CGCAUCAUUGUCGCGCGUCGGCGUUUGAAAAUGUGGGGUCGCUUUCCGAACACCUUCCGAGCGUCAACCAAGCUUGCAGCAUGAUGCGCUGGAAUUGAAGUGCCGCAAGCUUCUUCUGCCAGAGAAUUACCUCGUCGAUACGUGUGUCUGACUGUUCAGUCUCUAUUGAUAUUGUAGCCUGCCGAAGCCAUUAUUCAUCUUGUUACUCAACUCUGCCUACAACUGCGUCAUUCCGAAUCACCACUGGAGAUUUAGCACACACGAUGGCCACUGUACAGCAGCUCUACUCUCUCGAGGGGCAAACCGCCCUCGUAACAGGAGGCACACGAGGAAUUGGUCAAUCUAUGGCGAUUGCCCUCGCCGAAGCAGGAGCAGACAUCCUCCUUGUCCAGCGCGACGAGUCGAAUCAGCAGACAAAAGAAGCGAUUGAGAAACUCGGUCGCAAGGCAACCAUCUACACCGCCGAUUUGUCUUCCAACGACUCCGUCACUCAGCUUACCCCUAGAAUCCUCGCCGACGGACACCGCAUCCAUAUCCUGCUCAAUUGUGGCGGCAUCCAAAAGCGGCACCCCGCGCACCAGUUCCCAGAAAAUGACUGGAACGCUGUGCUACAAGUCAACCUCACCAGCGUGUUCACCCUGUGUCGCGAUGUCGGUGCCCACAUGCUCGAGCAGCCUGCAGACCUGCCUCUCAACCGUCGAGGCUCCAUCAUCAAUGUAGCCUCCCUCCUCACCUUUCAGGGCGGCAUUACAGUCCCUGCAUAUGCAGCAUCUAAAGGUGGGGUUGGUCAGCUCACCAAGGCCUUGAGCAAUGAGUGGACGAGUAAGGGAAUCAGCGUCAAUGCUAUCGCCCCGGGUUAUAUUGCGACAGACAUGAAUGAGGCUCUGAUCAAGGACGAGAAGCGUGCUGAGAGCAUACUGAGCAGAAUCCCUGCCGGCAGGUGGGGCAGUCCUGAGGACUUCAAGGGCGCCGUGGUGUUCUUGGGCAGUGCUGCAAGUGCAUAUGUAUCUGGAGAAAUUCUAACUGUCGACGGUGGAUGGAUGGGCAGAUAGACACAAUUCUACCACCGAAGGGCAGUAGUUACCUGCAUGUAUCAGUUGAAAUCGCUGAUUGGAUACGAACUAUCAUCACUGAGACGACUUGGAGCUAUAUACUGUUGAGCGAAUGUAUGGAAACACAUUGCCGUUUCACAAAUAGCAUCGAAGGGCGAUUAACGUAGCG